UGGGCAACACGUGGGUGCAUUCAUAACAAUGACAUGGAUGCGUAUCUAUGGCACUCGAGUAGUGUCCUCGGCUGUCCCCCAACUAGUGUUGUCUCACUCAGUGGGCGCGCAGAUGGCGAGCCACCUGGUUGCCCCACUGUUCCUCUCGUAAGGCGGCAGCCGGGCAUUCGGUCGGGCUGCUCUCUCGCCUCUCUGUCUGUACACUUAGCGGCUAUUCACAGUGGCAACUCACUAUCUCCCCCCUCUCCUCCUCAUCAGCGUCACUGUCGUCCCACGGCCAUAUCAGCAUCGUGACGGUCAGCUGGUGCUCACGAGGCCGGGCUGCCAGGUCCUCGAUUGAUGAGCCCUGACCAUUGUAGUCAUCGAAGCGCUUGUAGGCGAUCGGGAAGGGCACCUCCAUCCCGUACUCGGCCAUGCCGUCGCGCACACGGCCCUGGCGGAACAGCAAGUCGAGCUCGUUCUCGACUCGGUCAGCGUCGCUAGGGGCGGUGAAGAUGUCGGCCCGCUCGUUCAGCUUGAAGGUGGUGGCGUGUUUGGGCCGCACCUCGUGGAUGAGGCGGAAGAGGUCCCGCAGCCGCUCGGGGACGCUCUCGGCUCUCGCGUUGUAGAUGUCCUGGGCGCUGGCCACCAUGUACAUGUCGAUGGGCUGGAUCUCGAUGCUGAGCUCUUCCACAGUAGGGUACUGUCGGGCGGUGUGCGGUGAGGGGAAGGCGACCGGAGCGGCCGCCUUGGUGCGGGGCCGGUUGAAGAAGAGCGGCUCGUUGUGCACUAUCUCCAACUUCUGAUCGACGCACACAAUGCGAAAUGGAUGGAUCAGGCUCGAUGUCUUGAUGCAAGGAUGGCACCACCAUAAGUACCUUGAGCGGUUUGGCGACGCCCUGCUGGAUGUAUGUGAGCGCCUCUGAGGCCAGGAUGCCGCUGACCGUCCCGAAGCGCACGUGUGUGAGUGCGGGGAGGGAUGAGAGGAGGCGGGAGAGUCGGUUGGGCGUGGUGGGCGGCAUCAGGUACUCCGGGUCGCACGUUGGCACAUAGCGCUUGUUGCCGUUGUCCGUCAGGUACAGCUCCGUCACAUUACUGAAUUGGCACAUCCACAGAGAUUAAGCGAAGCGUCUUUAUUACUCUCUCUCUCUCUCUCUCUCUCACACCACAGUGACUUGAGCGUGGUCUCCUCGAUCAGCCAGUGGGGGAUGCUGUUGAAGGACUCGGCAGCGACAUCGGGGCCGCGAAUGCCGAGCUCGAUAUCCAGGCGGCGCGCGCUAUCGAGGCGGAUGCCGCUGAAGUGCGGGCUGGUGGGAUCGCCGGACCGGCUAUCGCACUCAUCCAAUGACACACGGUCGCCCCCCACCGCAUGGCGCUUGAUGGUCUCCACCACGGCGAGGGUCUCGGCGGUCGGCGGGCCCUCGGUGGUCUCACCAUGGCAGUCUAUGGAUGUCGUCCCUCCCUCUCUCACCACCUCCCACCCCAUCUUCUCCGCCUCGCGAAUCGUUUCCAGUGAGUCAUUGGACCAGACAGGUCGAUGGUCCAGGUCAUGGACAAUGCGAAGGAAGCAGUUGACCUUGAGGUGGCGCUUGGUGGCGGCUCCUGCUUGGGAGGGCGAGGGGAAGGGGGAGGGGGAGGGUGCCGCACUUGCGCUGCUGGACGAGCCAGCCCCCGCACCGCCGCCGCUGCCUGGCGCGAGCUGCCGCAGCAAUGUCAGCUCGCUGGUUCUCUCACUUGCCGUGCUGCCCCACAGCUUGAGGUGGCCGACGUGGCGCAGGUUCUUGAGCGAUGAGAGGGCAGCGGUGGUGAGGGGCAUGACGGAGUUGCGGCCGUAGACACGUGUACAGCAGCAGAGCAGUGGGAAGAUGUCCAGGUGAGUGAGGGAUGGGGACGAGCCGAGGAUGAACGCCAAACUGCCAUCGAACGCGGCCCGCAUGGAUGCCUGCAUGGAUGCCCACUUGCCGGGGAUGUACAUUCCGACGAGGUGUGAUGUCUCCCUCUCAGAGAGGACCUUGCCAGUGAGCCGGUCGAGUGCCGGGCAGACGAGCUUCCGCUGCUGGAACAGGUGCAGUCCGUCGAGGCUGUCCACCUCAACCGACGUCACCGAGGGAAACACCGCAUCGGGCCCCUUGACUUGCGCCACCGGCAGGUCACUCCCCUCUUCAUCGGCAUCAUCAUCCCCGUCUCGCUGCUGCUUGGCCUGUGUCGUUUGGACGGCCUUGAGCGUGUCGGUGUGGCUGACCAGCUGCAGCGACACAAAGGCGAAGAGCCGCGCCCGGCCGAUCUCCUUGACCUCCUCCUCUCUGGGCAGCAGGAUGACGGCGUGCUGCUGCUGCUCGAACGUCACCAGGCUGCCGCCCGGUCCCUUGCAGCUGAGGCCGUGGUUGGGGCGGUGCCAGUUGAUGACGCGGAUCAGCGAGUAGAUGGCCCAGUAGAAGGCCCGGCAGACACAGCUCGUCGCCAGGCGCUCCUUGACGGACUGAUAUGAUGACACAUUGAGCCAGAUGAGCCCAUCGAGAAGGCUCGUGAGGCUAUUCGACGCGAUGCGGUUGGACGGGUCGUCACUCUGGGACGAAGCGGCUGUGCGCGGCGCUUUGGCUGGCGGGCCGUCCAUCGCUCACCACACCACACACCAGAGAUCAGCUCAGCUACACGCUACAGCUUCCUGUAGGUCCACACACACGGAAGCACAGGAAGAUGCCAUGCCGUCUGGCAUGCUGUUGCGCCCGACCCGCUUACAGUUCGUGCGAUGAAUGUAUGGCUGCCGGCACGUCUUCUUGGAAGCCCGUCGGAUGGCAGGCAGCCGAUGGGUUGCUCGGACUUGAGGGUGCGCUACAACAGCCAAGACCUCACCGAACGCUCAUACAACCG